CUGGCGUAAAGUGGUCGUAAAAGUAAGACGUUAUCUUUCAGCAUGUCUUGCGUCAAGCCUCAAACUGCGGCCGAGAGCGUGAAGGCGGAUGGCUACUACACAGAGAGACACGGCCUCCAAAACAUCGCUCCACUCGUACGGACCGUAGAGGAAACACCUGAGCCCAUCUCCACCACGGUCAAAGGCACGAUUCCCACCUGGAUCCGUGGAAGUCUGCUCCGGAAUGGCCCCGGAAAAUUUGAAUUCGGGAACACACACUAUAAUCACUGGUUUGAUGGGAUGGCCAUGUUACACCGCUUCCAGAUUGAGGAUGGUAAAGUGACCUACAAGAGCAAGUUCCUGCGCAGUGACUCCUACACGCAAAACGCCGAACGGAACCGGAUCAUGGUGUCCGAGUUUGGAACCCUUGCCAUGCCUGACCCCUGCAAAAACAUCUUCCAACGCUUUCUCUCACGCUUCGAAAUGUUCAAACCCACUGACAAUGCCAGCGUGAAUUUUGUUAAAUAUAAAGGGGACUAUUAUGUCAGCACAGAGACCAACUUCAUGCACAGAGUGGAUCCAGAUAAUCUCGAAUCAGUAGAGAAGGUGGACUGGAGCAAGUUCAUUGCCGUGAACGGGGCCACUGCACACCCCCACUAUGACCCAGAUGGUACAGUCUACAACAUGGGCAAUUCGUAUGGUAGCAAAGGGGUUUUUUACAAUAUUAUCAGUGUUCCACCGGAGAAAGAGUCACCUGAGGACACCCUACAGGGGGCAAAGGUCAUAUGCUCAAUUGCCCCAGCCGACAAAUCCAGACCCUCCUACUACCACAGCUUUGCCAUGUCGGAGAACUACGUGGUGUUUAUUGAGCAGCCGAUUAAGAUGGACUUGUUUAAGAUCCUCACGAGUAAACUAAGGGGUAAAGCUCUGAGUGAUGCCAUCUACUGGGACCCAAAGCAGGAGACUGUCUUCCACCUCAUCGACAAACACACAGGCAAGGAGAGCCGGGUGAAGUACCACUGCAAAGCCAUGUCCACCUUCCACCAGAUCAAUGCGUUUGAGCAGGAGGGGUUUCUCAUGGUCGACCUGUGCUGCUCCGACAAUGGUGAGGCCAUCAACAAUUACCUCAUCCAGAACCUCCGCAAGUCAGGAGAGGCACUCGACAAGGUAUACAGCACCAUGGCCAGGGUGUUUCCACGACGGUUUGUUCUGCCCCUCAACAUAAGCGAUGAAACACCGCUGGGCCAAAACCUGAAUACCCGACCUGGCAGCGCCGCCACUGCCGUCUGCCAAACCAAAGACAAGGUGUUUUGCACCUUUGAGGAUCUCCAUGGCGAUGACCUGCUUGAGUACGGCGGUCUAGAGUUCCCUCAGAUCAAUUACAGCAAGUGUAACACGCGUCCUUAUCGUUACUUCUAUGGCUGUGGCUUCCGUCACCUUGUGGGAGACUCGCUUAUCAAGAUGGAUAUGGAAGGAAAGCACCUGAAGGUGUGGUCUCAGCCUGGUUUCUACCCAUCUGAGCCUGUCUUCGUUCCUAAGCCUGACGCUGAGGAAGAGGACGAUGGAGUCAUCCUCUCUGCGGUCUUGACACCUGUGGAGGAUAAGGGCACGUUUCUCCUGGUUUUGGACGCCAAAACCUUUGAGGAGCUUGGAAGAGCCGAAGUACCCAUCAACAUUCCCUAUGGUUUCCAUGGUGUUUUCAACCCCUCAGCGUAAAAAUUCCCAAAAGUAGGCCAGCACAUGUAUGGCCGAUUCAGUAAAGAUGAAGGUUUGUCACAAAGCAUGUUCCAACAUGCUGCACUGCUAAUGGACUCCACGUUUCUGUGGGUAACGGGGAGAGAUACAAAGCCUUACUUUUCAAUCAUGGAAGAGCUUCCAUGUGAGUUGUAAUUUUAGUCACUUCAGACCCUCAUUCCUAGCAACUCCACAAACCUCAAGCAGUGUUUAAUCCACUCAGGUUGAAAUCAUUUAACCACAGACCCUAAGGCUGGAGAGCUGAGGCCAAACGUAAGCAUACAGUUUUGCAUUCAGUUGAUUCCAGUGGAAAGUAAAGUACAGUGAGGAUGGAGGGGAGGAGCUGACCGAGAGAGAAAAAUUAGAGUUUGCUCUGACUAAACAGGGAUGGAGCACAAAGCACGGAGUGGUUUUCUAACAGUGUUUCUCCAGUAAGGUCUUGGAAAUAUGAAGUUCCGCUGAUCAGAAGUUCUUUCUUAUCCAGUAAGUAAAGCCAAACAAAACCAAAUCAAGAUGUCAAAGAUGUCCCCUCUUACACCAUACCAUUUUAAUUAACAAAGCCUUUACAUACCACUGAGAGUGUUUUCCCCUCUAAGGUAUCUGAGGAGGCUUUAUUUUGAAGUGUCCUUCAAGUGUUUAUAACAUUUUGUAAACAGUUCAGCAUCAAUGCAAUGAAUGUUGUAUUAAUUGUCAUCUGACAUUUUAGCCGCAAACAACUAUAUGUUUUGUAAUACACUUCAUAAAUAAUAUGGGAAUGUUGCCAAGCUAGCACUUCUUACUACUUACUUUUCAGUUAUUUCGUUUUUAUAUCAUGUUUUUUUUCAGUUUCAUUUUUUCCCCAAAAAAUAUCAGCAUGUGGCGGUUAAAAUAUACCAUAUUUUUAUUUUCCAUUUAUUCAUAGAAUACUAACACAGCACAAAAUAAAUGUUUAUUAUCUGUGCAACAAUACAAGUACCAGUAAUUUCUUGGAACCUGAAUGGGUUGACUAUAACUGAAG